CACGGAAAUUCUCGCAGAUUGCUGUGUCAAACUAGUAAUUACUCUACACGGUCCCGUGUCGCAACUGUCAUCCGCCCCGCGUUGCUACUUCCUAACAAACAAAAAUAAAAAUCUUAAAGAAAUUCUCAGAUCAAAAAGAAUCUUAAGAAAUUCGCUUGAAUAUCACCUGAAGAAAUCUCCGAAGUCCAAGCCGAAAACCAGAUCAAACUACACCAAAAAACUCCCACCGUUUUUGCGUGAUCGGCGAAAAUGGCGUACGCGACACCAAGCGGUCCUCCGACAGGGAAUCCGAUCGCCGUGGUGGGCCCGCAGUUCUGCGCGCCGUACCCGGUGGACUUGAUCAUUGCGAAGAAGCUGAUGACCCUUGCCGAGGGCUCCUUCACCGUCUCCGACGUUAACGGCAACAUCAUGUUCAAAGUCAAGGGCUCCGUUUUCAGCCUCCAUGACCGUCGUCUACUCGUCGACGCCGCCGGUAACCCUAUCGUCUCCCUCCGCCAAAAGAUAUUAACAGCGCAUAGGAGAUGGGAAGUGUACCGAGGAGAUAGCUCAAACUCCAAAGAUCUUCUUUUCAGUGCCAAGAAAUCCUCCCUUCUUCAACUUAAGACCCAAUUAGACGUGUUCUUAGCUGCAAACACAAAAGAAGAUGUGCCUGAUUUCAAGGUCAAAGGGAGUUGGUUUGAGAGAUCAUGCACCAUAUAUCUCGGAAACAGCUCCACUAUCAUUGCACAAAUGCACAAGAAACACAAUGUUCAAAGCCUUGUGCUUGGAAAGGACACCUUCGCUGUAACAGUGUACCCCCAUGUCGACUACUCCUUCAUCGUUGCACUAGUGGUGAUUCUCUAUGAGAUUAACGAGGACCGGAAAGACGACGACUAAACAGCUUCUGGAUGCUGACUGUAAAUGAGUAUUCUUCUUUUAUUCCACUUUUGUUACCUACUUUCUGUAAUAUGUGCGCUUUGACUUCUGAGCGAUAAAAGACUACUAGAAGAAAUGUGAUAAUGCUACUAUUUUGGCUCUAUGGUUUGUUAGUGUUCAACCUAAGUGAAUAAAUUGCCACUUUCUACUA